AUGGGUAGUACAAGCUUGACAUCGGCCUUCCUGACGCCGGAUCCAAGCUUCAAUUGGUUCUUCCUCUUGGAGCUGAUUGUCUCUUGCAUUCUCGCUCUGUUCUUUUUACUCUACUUCAAUCGGCUUUUCGCAAACCUCAUCUCUUACGCAAUUCGAGCAUAUACCUGGCAUUACUACCGCGCAUAUGUUGAUAUAAACGCACUUCAAGUCUCCCUACUUGGUGGGAGAAUCUUCUUCAAGGGCAUUCGGUACCACGGCGUGAACGAGACGAUCUUCAUCCAUGGAGGAUUUAUAACAUGGCGCUAUUGGACCCGUGCAGUCGAGCGAAAUGACUUGACAGGAAUUCGACGCAAGGCAGGCCUUGCUCAUCAUACCCCGAGGGAAGGACAUGCGCGACCCCCGCGCGAUGGCACAGACGACAGUCUUGGGGAGCAAGGUGGCAUGGGAAAGACGACCGAAUUGCCGUGCCGGAUUACCAUCAACACCUAUGGCCUUGAGUGGUUCAUCUACAACCGGACUCCCGCCUAUGACAGUAUCCUUGCUGGCUUUGGAUACUCCCCCAAAAACGUUGAUUUAGACGACGACAUUCCAACCUCCCCAGAGUCUCACCGGACGGCAGAAGAUGGCAACGCAGGCGACGCCUUCGAUCUCGAAGAUACGCCUGGCCAUCAGCCAGCUGUCAAACCUUUGUCAGAGCGCAGCGUGAGUGAGAGAGGCGGGGUUGCGUCACAGAGGACUACUACCCAUGAAUCAGAACUAUCGGAUCCUGUAUCCAACAUGUUACAACUCCUGCCUGUAAAGCUGGAUUGUCAGAGAGGCGCCAUUGUCAUGGGAAACGAGCAUACCCGAUCUGUAUUGACAACGACAUUCGACACUGGGACGGGUACCAUCGAUGCUUCCAAUUCGGGCCCUCUUGAUUUGUAUCGUCAAAUAUUUUCAUUUCAACUCAAUAAUCCAGUGAUUCAAAUGCGGCCGAACCCGGACUUCAAGCAGAACCAGUCGGCGACUGCCAAAGAUCUAGCUGCGGCGCAAGAGAAUGAGCCCGAAUCGAAGAAAAAACCGCAGAAUAUCUUCAACUAUCAAUUCCAGAGGCGCAGAGUAUGGCACAGCAUUCGAGACUUGGUCCCAUAUUUCCAGACGUCAGUCGAAUCGUUCCAUGACGGUGGCAGGCACACCAAUAGUAUGCCGAGGAGCCAGGCGGAGUUUCCUGAGGUCCGCUGGACCGGUCUCUCUCGGUAUCUAGACGAAUAUAGUGAGGAUGACCAUGAAAAAUGGAACUCAGUCGAAUAUGGCAGAUUUUCAACCAUCGUGGAUAGCCCCAGCUUGAAUAUAGCCUACUUUUGGGACGUCCCUGGACGAGUCAUCAUUGAACCAACGUCAACUGUUCGGUCACAACCAAUGGAUAACAAUAUCAAUCAUGCUCCUUCUCCGGAAUGGGGGAUUGACCUCAAGAUUGACGGCGGUACAAUAAAUUACGGACCGUGGGCUGAUAGGGAGCGGGUUGGCCUGCAGAAUGUCUUUUUCCCAAACUUCUACCGCAGCGCUGAGCCGACAGAGCAACUAGCCCCUGGUGUUCUGCGACAAAGCACGGCAUUUAGGCUGCGCGUGGAGAUUAACAAGGAAUUGACAUUACGAAUUCCUACACGAGAGCCUUCGAAGGAUUGGCAAUGGAAGGGUCGUGCUGAUGCCGUUGGGGGUGCAUCGAGAGCAAAAAAGCCAAAUGACCAGAAGAAAGCUCGGGCUAAAGAAGGCGAAAAAGGCUACCUUGGCCCUGAAAUUCGCCCGUUUGGGUGGCUUUCCCUUUGUGUUGCCGCCGACUCUACCAUCAAUUAUACCAUGGAUAUGGUGGGAUCAAGCGCAGGGUUUCGCAAUGAACUUUCUAUAGACUUGCGUGAGUCAAGACUAUCGUCCAGUAUCAAUCAUGGCUUGCUCUGGCAAUGUCCUCGGCAACAGGUCACUUGCGAUCUGUCCAACCCACUCUCCUGGAAUAGUCUUCGCUCCUGGAAAUUUACUGCCGAAAGCCAGGACCUACAGCUGUUUCUCCUACGUGAUCAUAUCUUCCUUCUCACAGAUCUUGUAAGUGACUGGGCUUCGGGACCGCCUUCGGACUACUAUGCAUUCGUCCCUUUUAUCUACAAUCUCGAUCUCAAUUUCUCCGACUUCCAACUUUACCUCAAUGUCAACGACCGAAACAUCAUCAGCAAUCCUUCGGAUCUAGAGGACAACCGAUUCAUUGUCAUCAAAGGCAAGCGUCUGACGUCGAAUGUCAUGAUACCAUUGAACAAAUACCAACCUGAACAGAAUGCCAUUGAGUUCAGGGUCAAUCUUGAAGAUGGUGGCGUGGACUACACAACUCCUCUAUGGGAUACCUUGCAUGAAUUUUUGCCACAGAAAUCCAUGGCCACUCUCGACAAUUUGUUCAUUGACGGCUCCUAUAACUAUUUCCAAUCAACAUCCCCGGAACUGACUGACACGCUGGUGCUCAACAUCGAUGGAACUUCACCUCGCUUAUACCUUUUUGGAUUCUUAAUCAAGAGUUUCAUGACAAUCAGAGAGAACUAUUUUGGCGAGGAGAUGCACUUCAAAACCCUUGAAGAAUAUCAGGAGCUGGUCUAUGCCGACGAGCCACCGUCAAAUCCCACAGGCAUUAACCCAAACCGGAGGUCAAAUGACAUGGAUGUGCUUGUGCGCGUCACGGUUGACAGGCCCCGUGCUUUACUUCCUGUGAAUAUCUAUGAUCACUCAAAAUGCAUGGGACUUAGCGCAGCCUCACUGGAAGCGGAUUUGCGCUUCACCAACUACUAUAUGGACUUGCAAUUCUCCAUCGCUCCGCUGAAAAUUGAUUUGGAGACCACCCAGCUGGAUGGCCCUUCCACUAUCUCUAGCGCUCAGCUGUUCAUCGAUGGAAUCUCGGUUUACGGCCAUCGUCUAUUUGGUUUGCCUCCGCUUGAACCAACCUACGUUUGUAAUUGGGAUUUUGAAAUUGGUAGAAUUGUCGGAGAAUGCUCCACCGAGUUCUUGGCCUGUUUGGCUUCAUCUUUGAAGACCUUUGAUUUCUCGUUUGACAACGAGGAAAAUGCGCUGCCAAUGCUGUUCCCGGAGAUUCUAUUUGACGUGACUUUCUUGAGAGCCAAGAUUGACUCUAUUCAUGUCUCUGUGCUACUGGAUCGAACAGCUCUGAUUUUGAGCACACGGCCCUUAAAUGUGAACUUCAACGACUGGGCAAACACUAAGUUUUCGAAACGUAUGAGCCUUCUCGUUCCAGAUAUCUCGAUCGCUGCCGUUGAUCGUCAGUGUGUCUCUCGAUACAACCCAUCGGCGGGAGAAAUGAUCACCCCGAUUGGCCUUUUCCAACUCACAAUAGGGCUGAAGAUGGCUUUGCGUAAAUCGGAUAUUGGCGAAAGUCGACGACUUCAGCAAGAGCAUAUUAAAAUACAUGAUCAGCGGACUCACGGGGCACAGUGGUUACUUUUCGACUGGGAGGAGACUGGCCCAACUUCAACGCUUCCUGCCGAAGACGACGUGUUCCCUCCAACCAUCGCCAUACCUUCAAUGCCUGAACCUAUUGAUGGUAGGAUGGACUCUGUUGAUGGAUUGUCAUAUCAGGGAGCUUCAAGGCCCCGUACCACUAGAAGCGCCAAGAGCUUCCUUGUCCAGUCAGAAGCAUCAAGCAUGAAGAGUGUUCGGAUACACCCUGCCAACAACCCCAGAGCAGCCUCGGAUCCAAAAACCAAAUCACGACCUUUUCUGCCCACCAGAGGAUCGAGUCCGUCUGUCCCAAGAACAGACCGGUCGAGAGAUGGAUCAAACUUCGGGCCUCGGGCAGGCGCAUUUUCGUCUUCUGUGUCAAGGGACGCAAACCCGUGGAUAAUGCCACAUUUCUCGUACUGCAAGCUCCAUCUGGAUACAUCCGAGCUUCCAUUGCCAUUUACGGAUGAAGAUAAUACAAUGGGUGAAGACUCUCCGAUGAACCCAAAGUCCGUGUUCCUCACAUUUGAUGAUGAUCAAACGAAAUACACAAAUCUGGCGUGCGAUCUCCCGCUUGGUAUCCGAGGAUUUUGUACUCCGAAGUUCCUUCUAAGUCUAGCUACAUUACUAGACGGGUUGGAACCAAAGCAUCCUACACGAAUCAUUGACUCGCUUCAAAAGGAUGUUAUAUCGAACAUCGUUGGCUAUGACAACGCCAUGAGUCAGCCAAAAAUUUCAACAGCUGUUGCUCUUCGUGUUCCCUCCAUUCAGUUACGACUAGUUGACUUGUCUGAGGCCCCCAACAACAAACAGAUCGAGUUCCGAGAUGAAUACAGCAUCGAGGUCCGUCGUCUGCAUACUGAGUUCCGGAGAAAGGUUCAACGUCGGAAAGGCGAUCUGCUUGAAGGUCUCAAACAAGAUAUGACGGUUCAUGCGGCAGCGGACCACGUCUCAAUUUCUAUCGAGGGUAGUCGAGCAGAUUCUUUCCACGAAAAAGCCGUCUUCAACUCUCAUAUAGAUGAUAUGAAUUUUUGGCUUGUGACCUCGCCCAAUGUUCGCUCUAAUCUUCAGAUGCGCACAUUCAAUACAGUGACAUCAGCGAAGUCUGUGGAGCGUCUUGCAUUUCUCGUUCGUCGAGCGACAACCAUGUUUGAUUCUGUCGCGUCAUCCUUUCAACAGCUUUUAACGUCCAGCGAGAAGCGCCUACAGUACCUCCUGUACUCCCUCACGCAAUCGGCCACUGAUAUACCAGAUCCAAUCUUCCUUGCCCGCAUAUCUUACGUACUCAGGGUUUCUUCGAAUCACCUGCGGCAGCAUGACUCAUGGAAAAUCAUAUCUCGCAUUCGCAAGAUUUAUAAAGGUCUACCUGCUCAUCACAAGCGCGAGUUAGAGCAGGAAUGCUUGUGUGACAAUUUCCCUCUACCAGCGAAUGCUAAAAAGGCUGUAUUAUCCGGCUUUGACCAUUGGCGAGCUUGGGACCUCGCACAUGUUGCCAAAAGCUAUGCCAUGCGCCGCGUCUGGCCGCACGCUGCUGAACAGCAGACUUCCCAGGUUUCGAUGUUCCUAUCCUCCACAGUCCAAACAUUCCGAUUCUCCAUGGAUCCUGGUCCAAGAGAAAGCGACUUGAUCAUAGGAAAUCUGUCCACUGUUGCAUCAGUUGCCUCAAAGUCGCCUGAAGGUGAAGAGGGUCGGAGCAAGAAACUCAUCACCUUGCAGUCUUAUUGCGGAUCGACAGCCCUGAGGCUGCGCUGGGAAAUUCUGGACCUUGUUGAAGGCGUGAUCAAGGUCAUGUCGAAUAUCACACUUGAAUCCUCACCGGGUCACGCCCCCAGUGACAAGGAGAAGACACCAACUGAGCUGCAGUUCGUGUUCGGCACUGAUUUUGGUUCCAUCACUCUUGAUGGUAUCAAUGUUAAGCUUGCUUUGAUAGCGAAAGCUCUUCGGGGAUCGAUCGUUCACAAGUCGCUUGGAUGCUCAUCUGAGCUUCAAAAUCAAUCCAUGACUCUGAUGUUGUCAAGAAUCGCUGACCCAUAUAUGUACCUUUCGCUUGGAUCAGAGGAAGAUGGCAACGAGUGCAGACACGAUUGGAAGCUCGCUGCAUCGUGCAGGAAGCUUCGUUAUGAUAUGAAAGAAGACCCUGUCAGCUUGGCACACACAGUAGACAGACUUAUCGCGGACGAAGUCAGAUACAUCCGGCAGCUUAUGGAUAGUGUCAAAGUACCAAAACUGGAAUCAGGACAGAGCCUCGCACCGAACAAACCCACCCGUGACACCUUCCAUGUGGCAAUGUUCUUAGAAGACUAUCGGUUGACGUUUAGCCUCCUGCCAUCUUUGGCCUACCGUGUGUCAGGCGAGGUCGCUCGCAUGUCAGUGAUGCCCGCAGAGGCAUCCAAAAUCGAGAUUGACUUUGAUGUGAAGAAGAACUCGCACAUGUUCAUAUCGGGCGAAGGCGACAGAUUCAAUGUCUUGUCAAUGCUAGAAAUACCUCCCGUAAACGGGCGAAUCCUUGCUAACCUCUCAUCGGAGCGCAAGGAAGUGGAGGUUGAUGUCACGAUUGAACUCAUUCGCCUAGAGGCUAGUGCUGUGCGCAGUCUCCUUGCUGUUUUGACAGGACCUGAUAUUUCCCAUUUGAUCUGUGAUCUGAAGCAGAAUUUAGAUGUUCUCCAGUUACAUUUGAAGGAUGUGCUGUCGCUACAAAAGGUAUCCCCAACCCCCAAACCAACAUCUGGUGGACAGGAGAUCCUCUACAAAUCCCGUCUUACAAUGGCUGGAUUCGAGAUUCAUGCCAUUGCACCUGGCCUCAAUAGCAAAGACUAUUCUGCAGAGAUGAUCUUUAGUCUUGGGAUGAUGCGUAUGCGACUCCAAAACGGACUGGACCGGGGAUACUCCAUGGAGCAUCCCGAGUUCAAUAUCGAUGCCUCUCAAAUCAGGUUUGAGCUACAAAGACAAGAAAAGGCUGGCAGUCAAUCAUAUGGCGGGUUCUCUGCCGGAGUGAAGCUUCAGGGAACCUCCGCGGUCCGUGAAAAUGGGGAGAUCACCAGAGCAUAUCAUUUCACCAGCGAGAGGUUCGAUAUCGAACUUUUCGCUGAGACGGCUGCUCUCGUGGUCGACAUUGCCGUUUACACACAAGAGCGCAUCAAGACUCUAGACCUUUCCCACGAAGUCAAGCGUCUUCGGAAAUUGAGACAUGGUGGCAACAUCGAUACAAAGGACAGAACCACCGCUGCCCCCGAAAUCCAUGUCAACGACGAUUCCACUCCGGAAACUUUCCUCAAUGCUCUUUACUCUUUACAAUUCCAGACCAUUCAAAUCGCUUGGAACAUGGCAACAAUGCACACCAAAUCUGGACGACAGCCCGAGGACUUGGUAUUUUCUAUCCAGCAAGUCGAACUGUCUAACAAGAAGAAGAACGCAGCCAAACUUCGAAUUGAAAACAUGCAACUCCAGAUGGUGCCAUUCGGAGCGGACAGAGGAAAGCGCUCUCUCAAUUCAGCUCUUAUGCCAGAGCUAGUCUUCAACGUGGCAUACUCCUCCAAAGGAAAGGAAGUGUGGCUUGCUUUCCAAGCAGCUGGCAAAUCUCUUGACAUACGCGCUACAUCAGAGUUUAUUAUUCCGGCUAGUAUGAUACAAGACUCAAUUGCUACUGCAAGCGAGGCGCUUCGUGAAGGCAAAGCUGUCUGGGCAACCAGAGCCGAAUCCCCCGAAAACACCGAUACCAACAAAAAUAGCAGCCUUUUCGGCAACAGGCGAUUGCGGUCUCUCCUCGUCGAUGUUGACUUUGCGGGCGCUACUGUCACGCUUCAAGGCAAACUUGGCCAUGAUCACCAGACAUUGUUAGCGGCCACAUGGAAGGGUAGCCGACUCUCCGACGCAAAAUAUGGCCAAUAUGUCCAAGGCGAUGCUGCAACCACAGCAACCCUCCGAGCACCGGGAGUGGCGCUCAAAGUCCAAUUCGAGGACAACGGUGCCGAUGAUCCCGCGCUGAAUGCGGAGUUGAAGGUCGACCCCUCGACGAAUACAUUGUACCCAACUCUUGUUCCUCUCGUCAAGCAAAUGACCGCCACAGUCAAGGAGAUCAUGGGUAACCAGCAGGGCCAGUCGCGAAGACCAUCUGCUGCAGCGAAGUUACAGUCCCAGAAACUAAUGCAGGAAAAGCCAUUUGAUGCCGCCGAUCCAACUAGCAUCCUCGGCCGGUGCAGGGUAAAUCUGGGACUGCUGUUUUGCAAACAGGAGUUUAGCUUAAGCUGCCAGCCUAUUGCAAGAGUCGCAGCUACUGCAAGGUUUGAGAGUGUCUAUGUGACUGUUAACACGGUCCUAUCAGAAGAGCAGGGCCGGUUCCUUGCUCUCUCUUUGGCUUUCAAUAGCCUGGAAGCAUCUGUAAAGCAUGUGUACUCCAAUGAAUCCACCGCAAGCUUUGAGGUCAAGUCCAUGGUGCUGUCCUUGAUGAACAGCAAGCACCUUGGCCGAAUGAAUGGAAUGUCAGCUAUUUUGCGCGUCAGUCCAAUGAAGGUCGCAGUCAAUGCCAAACAAGUUCAAGACUCUUUGCUCUUCAAAGAGAUCUGGCUUCCAUCCGACAAUGAAACCAACUCGGGUGAGACCGUCCAGCCAGAACCGUCCGAAACGCAAACCUAUAUCGUGCAGCGAUACCAACAGGUUGCGUCGGCAUCCGCAUUCCCCUGGAACACUACCAUCGCGAUUGAGAAGGUCGAAAUUCAACUCGAUUUAGGCUCGACCCUGGGCAAGGCACAGUUUGCCAUUGUUGAUCUGUGGGUGUCUACCAGCAAGACGUCUGACAGUGAACAGAACAUGUGUAUCAAUUUCGGUUCAAUUGCGAUUGAGAGUAAAGGCCGCAUGAGUGGAAUUGCCGAACUUGGAAAUCUGAAAAUCCACACCUCCAUCGAAUGGCCUGAAGACUCCCGUGGGACGGGACACACACCGUUGAUUCAAGCCACGAUUGCAUUCCACCACCUCCAAGCCAAGGUGUCAUUCGACUACCAACCUUUCCUUGUUGCACAGAUCGCCAGGUUCAACUUCUUGAUGUACAAUGUCCGCAACACAUCCGGCGCGCAGAGCCAGCGCCUUUUCAGUAUCCUAGAAGGCGACAAACUUCAGCUAUUCUGCACAUCUCUAACGGCAUCACAAACAUUGGCGCUGUUCCAGGCAUGGCAACGUUUGAUCCAAGACGUCCAAGCAGCCUACAAAGCAUCACUACGCGAGGUAGAGCGGUACCUCCGUCGGAAGUCUUCUGUCCUCACCGAGCGUCUCGAUGUCAGCGUCAAGGAUCUAGCUAAGAAAGACGAAGACCAACCCGAAAAAGCACCCAUCUCUCUACAUACUGGAGUCGUCGUGAAGAUCCGGCACGUCAACCUAGGAGCUUUCCCCAGCUCAUUCUUCGACAACCAAAUCUUCAAGGUAGAAGCCUACGACGCCGAAGCCCGCUUCGCCGUCUCGCUUGAAGCCAACAAAAUCCACAGCGCCCUAGGCCUGACACUAGGCCAGCUUCGCGUAGCCCUAUCCGGCAUAACCCGACCCACAUCCGCGCAACUCGACGAGCUCUCAGUCGACGAGAUCGCGGAGCGAGCUGCCGCAUCCCGCGGCGGGACAAUCCUCAAAGUGCCACGACUGGUCGCGAGCAUGGAAACCUGGCAGGCACCAGGAACCCACCAGAUCGACUACAUAUUCCGCAGCACAUUCGAAGGCAAAGUUGACGUCGGCUGGAACUACUCGCGCAUCAGUUUCAUCCGCGAUAUGUGGGAGGCGCACUCACGGGCGCUUGCGUCACGACUCGGUAAGCCAUUGCCGCCGUCUGCGGUCCGCAUCACUGGUGGACCGGGUAGUGGUGGUGAAGGGGGCGGUGCUAGCCCUGAGCAGCAGGAGAAGAUUACGGCGGUUGUCAAUGUGCCUCAGUCCAGGUAUACCUAUACUGCGCUUGAGCCACCGGUUAUUGAGACGCCGCAGCUUCGGGAUAUGGGUGAGGCUACCCCGCCGUUGGAGUGGAUUGGGUUGCAGCGUGAUAAGCUGCCUAAUGUGACGCACCAGAUCAUUAUUGUUACGCUGUUGGAGAUUGCUAAGGAGGUGGAGGAUGCUUAUGGCAAGAUUCUAGGGUCCUGA